UUCAGACAACAUGGUAGAAAUGUGAUGUUCUGUAGCUGCGGGAAGAAUCAUUUAAAAGUCAUUUUUUCAUAAAGUCGCCUUCAUGGAAAAUAAGACAUAAAGCUGACUUAAUGUAUUUCGUAUUUUUCCCUUUGGACACCUAAGUACUAAAAUCGUUUGCUGAAAUGUCCACGCUUGCGGUAGCUACGCUUCAUCAGGCUCUGAGGAAAAACUUCGCGACACUUGAAAGCAACCAAAAAGUAUGGAAGAGUGUUUUAGCCGAGUGCAGCCCUCUGAUGGUGUCUCUCGGGAAUUUGGCGGAGCAGUCGAGAGCACUGUCCAACGUGCAGAUCUCCAACACACCGCUCAGAGGUUUUCCUGACCUGGAGGAGAGACUCCGCUUUAAGCUCCUUGAAGCAACGGAUAUAGUGCUGGGAAAACUCAACGAGAAGAUGUCUUCCCUCCAGUCUGCGAGGGAUGCUAUCAGUAACCAGGUUGCUGCAAUCCUUCAUCUGUACGAGCAGAACGCACACAGUUUAGAUCUGCUUGCAGUAACUGAGCGAUCAACCACGACCCCGUCGGUCGCUGACAUGCUCGAGUGGCUUCAGGAUGCUGAGCGUCACUAUCGGCAACAAUUCCUGAGGAGGAAAACUCUGCUUCAAACACUGAGAGCAGAUGAUCUCUCUCUUCUGGAAUCUGCUCCCCAAAGGUGGAACUCCUUGGAGUCUCCCAGUGCAGAGGACCACAUCACAGAUACACUUUGCAAAGUGUCUUUCUUUGUGGAGUAUCAGUGAAGCUGGUUAAGGACUCACCUAAUCGUGAAUAUAACUGCAUUUUAAUGAAGACAAUGAGAAGAAAGAGAUCCAGAAGAAUGACUGAAUCUAACUCCACAUUGACUUGAACUGAUACACACAAAUGUCGCUUGGAAGGACAAAGGUGCAGUGAAUGCUCCUGGUUCAAACCUCCUGGUCAACUGUUGGUUUUUGUGUGGAGCUUGCAUGUUAUUCCUGAGCCUGCAGGGGUUCCAUUGGCUUAUUCCCACAGUCCAAAAACACAAACUUCUAUGUAAAUUGGAUGCCUGGAUGUGAAAGUAUGAAUAGUUCUGUCUCCCCUGAUGAACUGUUAAGCCCAGAUACGAUCAGCAAUUAAAAAUGGAUGAGUGGACUUAAA